AUGUUUGCGACUGAUCUCUCUGGCAGGAUCGCUACCAGUGGAACACGUGUUUACUUUGUGCCUACGGACAAGCGGCUACCGCGUCUAAAGUGGGAGCCCAAGCUGCAGCGUUUCGUUGUAUGGCAGCACAACAAUCAUGACCUGGCACCACGCUCAUCUUCGCAGCAAACUACUUCGACCGACGCGGUAGAGGAGGAUUGCGUUGUAAUGGCCUUAACCAAUGCGAUUUCGUGCUGUGCCCUCUACGGUGUUCUCCCCCUCGGCACAACAUCGAUCCUGUUGUACGUCACGGAGCAAAAACAAGCGGCGACUCUGCCUUUUUCCGGGCAGCACGACAUAUUUGCCGUCAAGCACCUUGCAUGGAUGCGGCUGCCACCACAGCCAGCUGGGUCCACUCACUCAGAUGACGCGGAAGAUUAUGGUGGCGAUAAGGAUAACAGCACUGACAGUCGCAUCCAAAACGAGGAGGAAGAAGAAGUAACUGGACACAGCAAGGGUCCGGUGCUUGGCUCUAAGGUGCCCCAUCAACUAACCGAAGACACAAUUGCAGAGUACUGCGCGGUGGUCGACCGGUUUUGCUCUCAGUCGCAGCGGCACUCUGGGGGUUCGUACCUCUUUUACUCCCCGACCAUCAACUUGGCGCUGGGGCCCAGCGAAAUGGACGGGAAGGGCGUCCAAUCUAUCCCCGGAUCCGUCACCGGUGCGGGCUACUCACACUCCAGCAGAGGUUUUAACGCUGGGUCUGAUGCACCGGAGGAGCUUUCCUCAGAACUGGUUUUUCAGUGGAAUGCCCCCUUACUUGGUGCGUUUGAUAUACCAGAAGCAGUGGUGGGCCGCAGCAAAACUUUUUGUGUGCCGGCGUUUAUUAGAGGUUUUGUCACAGCAUCAGAUGUCCCUUCUGACGGAGUGAAGUUGCUGCUCAUCAACCGACUUAGCUAUCGGUGGUCUGGCACACGAUACAAUCGACGGGGCCUCGACUCAGCCGGUACCGGCAUACCUGCCAAUUUCUCUGCAUCGACCCUGUGGGUUUUCCCCACGGAAGCGGUGCACGACGGCGGGGGCACCUCAGCACCUGCGCUCACACCGGAAAGGCGAGUCGCAGCGUUUGUGACUGUGCGAGGCUCUAUUCCGCGAAGCUGGAGCCAACCAGCGAAUCUGACAUUGAAGCCAAAGGUUACUAUCUCAUCUUCUAGCAUUGCUGCAGAUGAAUUGUCAUUGCAUUUAAAUGCGCUACAGGCAGUUCUCCACGGUAUGUUGACCCUGCAUUGCCUUGACACGACAUCUUGUAGUGUGCUCGAGUCGCCACUCUCCAAGGCCUUUGAGACAGUAGUCACAAAGCGUCGCGAGAGCGAUGCAAAACUCCGAAGAGCCCCAGAUGUUCACUACUCCAAGUACAAUGUGAAGGAGCGCAUGAACAAGAAGCUCUCCUACAGACAGAUACAGGAAGAAGUGAAUGUAUUGGUCGGGUUGAAACAGGAGGAUGGUGAUAAAGGGAUGGUGGACUUCUCGCAGUGGCGCAGCGCCGUGGCGACGGACGAUGAUGAGCAGUGGCGUGAGGAUGGGAGUGGGCCGUCUCUCGUUUGGAAACGGGUACGUCAACAGGCAUGCUACUUGCGUGUUAACUGUCUGGACUGUUUGGACCGGACAAACCUUGUGCAGUCUAUGAUCGCUGUUGGUAUACUUCCAAGCAUGAUUAACUACGUGCGUGGAGAUGAAAAGGCGAAGGAGGAUGAUGCGAGCCUCACUGGUGGUGGGACAGGUAGAGAGGACAAUGAGGAAACAUUUAAGGAAGCAAAACGGGCGUGCAAAGGUCUCUGGGUCCAACAGGGUAUAGCGCUCUCACAACUGUAUGCCGGAAGCGAUCCCCAUUUUGUGCAGUUCCUUUUGAACGGCAAGUCGGACCUGAGUGAAAAAUUCAAGGAGGGUGUGCGUGCUUUGCAGCGGUGGUGGCAGCAGAACUUUUACGAUGGUGAAAAACAGGAUGCUGUCUCUCUUCUCACACGUCAGCAUGAUCCUGCUCUUUUCUACUCUAAAUUUGAAGGCCCCUUUUCUCGACGUUUGUCUGGGCUAAAUAGGAUGGUAUUGUUGGGCCUGCUCGUCGCGAUUGGGGCAGCUGGAGCAAAUCUUGUCAUGAUGCUUUUUAUUCCUCAGUAUCGGAUGCGGCAGGAGUUUGUCAUCUGUGAGUUGAUUUGGGGGCUCUACUUGUGCGCACUUAUCUCGCACAUCAUGAAGGAUGGUGUCAGCUACACGAACUAUCCGCUGCUAAAGUGA